UCGGAUGUGGCAAGGUUAGGUUGACUGGCUAAGUCCCGUUAGAAAAACGUCUUAAAGUUUGUGUUAAACUCAUAUAAUUGAUGUGUCAGACUCUCAAGUAGACAGUUUUCAGCGGGAUAUCGCGUUUACUGGUUUGUUUCGAACAGUUGUGAUUAUUCGUUUGUUGUACAGAAUGUGAUUAGCCUCUAUUAGCAAAGUGACUGAUGGUCAGGCACAGUGGAGCUAAAGCAGCUAACGAUGGAGACUUAAUCAGUGUUUUAGACGCCAAAGCUUUUAAAAGUUCAUGGCGUAUUGCUACAAGACACACUGAGUUUGUGGGACUGAACAGGAAGACAACAUUGUCUGUGGACACCUCCUCUAAGCCGUGAUGUUCAGCUGAGAACCGAUAAACUGGGGACAGAUUGGAACCAGAACCUCUGACCAAGUUUCAGGCAUCAGAUAAACAGAAGAUACAGGCUAAAUGUGAACAUGUGAAGGUUGCAAACAAGGAUUAAGAAAAGGAGAAUCCCAAGUGGAUCGAGGAUGUCUGACAUGAAGGUUGAAGCAGAAAACCCUGGAGGGAUCAGUUUGGUGUCCCCCAUACCUGCAGCACCAACACCAGAACUGGAGCAGAAACAAGACAGCAAAGAUCUCAUCCAUAAGAUCUUGGUGAUUAAAGAAGAGGUUCCCCGUGAUUGGAGCUCCAGUUUGGACCAGGAGGGCCCAGAACCCCACCACAUAAAGGAGGAGGAGGAGGAACUGUGGAUCAGUCAGGAGGAAGAGCAGCUCACUGUGAAAAGUGAAGAAGAAAAACCUCAUAAAUCAGAAUUUGAAAGAAUUAAAACUGAACACGACAGAAACCCUGAAGCUCCAUUCAGCAGAUCAGCUGGACAGAUGAAAACCGAACCUGAUGGAGACAACUGUGGAGGACCAGAAGCAGACAAUAACUCAGACCCUUCAUGUUCUUCUCAAGAAACUGACAUAAUAGUUUACAACAUAAGUAAAACAUCUAAACUGCAUCCCAAACUCUCAUCUCAGAUAGGAGACCCUGCUGGAGGGAAGCUAUUUGGGUGCAACAUCUGUGGAAAAAGGUUCAAACGUGAGACUUCUGUUGAAAUACACAUGUUGACACAUAAUGGAAAGAGGGAACAUAGCUGUGAUCUUUGUGGUAAAGUAUUUAAAAAAAAGAGUUCUCUUCAGACACACAUGAGAGUCCACACUGGAGAGAGACCGUUUGCCUGUGAUGACUGUGGUAGAAAGUUUCAUAGAAAGGCGAUUCUUAAAAGUCACUUAGAGGUUCAUUCAGGGGAAAAGUCUUUUUCCUGUGAUGUUUGUGGUUCAGGAUUUAAAAGAAAAGAAACGCUUAAAAAGCACAUGUGGAUCCACUCUGCAGAGAAACCGUUUGUUUGUAGUGUUUGCAGUAAAGGAUUUUCACGACAAAAUCAUCUCAAAAGUCACAUGUGUGUUCACACAGGAGAUAAACCGUUUAUUUGUAGUGUUUGUAGUACAGGAUUUGCAUUACAGCAGAGCCUAAAGACUCACAUGCUUGUUCACACUGGAGAGAAACCGUUUAUUUGCAGUUUUUGUAGCAAAGGAUUUUCACUUCAAAGUCAUCUAAAAAGUCACAUGCGGGUUCACACAGGAGAGAAACCAUUUAUUUGUAGUGUUUGCAGUAAAGGAUUUUCACUACAAGAGAAUCUAAAGAGACACAUGCGCGUUCACACUGGAGAGAAGCCAUUCAUUUGUAGUUUUUGCAGCAAAGGCUUUUCACAACAAAAUCAUCUAGAGAGCCACAUGCGUGUUCACACGGGGGAUAAACCGUUUAUUUGUGGCGUUUGCAGUCAAGGAUUUUCGCGACAAGCUUAUCUGAAAAACCACAUGGAUGUGCACACUCCCCAAUUUGGUGUUAGUUAACAUAUUACAAAGGAAAUACAGUUAAAGCCCUUAUCUCACCACUAUGCACCUUUUCAAUUGUUGUGUAUUUUUGACCUAAGAAUAAGAUUUUGACAGAAGUUAAACAGUGCACUGGUUUUGAAGAAAAAUGAACCAAUCUAUGACAGGAAAAUGGCGGUAGCUGAAAUCUCAAAUAAGGUUUGCACCAGUAGGGGGCAGCAUAGCUGGAGGAACAGUUUAAAGGAUUUCUACCAAAAACUAAGCAAUGUGACAUACUACCUUUAGGAUACCAGAAGGUUAAUUUACAGAGAUACACGGGAUGCUUUUAAUGCGGCUGUCUGGACACGUGAAGGAGUGUAUAAGCCAUAAGCCGCCACAGAAAGUAAUUGCUGUCCUUUGUUAUAAUAGAACUUAAUGAAGCGAUUGUGAACAAACUUACUUGAUAACUAGUUAAGAGCACAGCACUGCUUUUUUUUCCUGCUAGUGCGACGUCUCACCUGCUGCUCUGUCCCUUCUGACUUAAUUUCCUUGAGUUCUCGAGGGUAAUUUGAAGGAUUAUUUACGUCUGUUAGAGGAGUUGUAGCAUGUUUGUGUGCUUAACAUAGAUUUGUGGGGCAUCUCUGAGUGAAAAAUGUGCUGUUUCAGUCUUAGAAGACGUGAUGAAUACUGAUCAGUUUGUUCAUAUUCACACUAAUCUUUAUUGGCCACUCAAACCCAGCAGCAUGAUGUUUUGGCAUGUAACCAACAAAAGGAAACAGGCAAGCAAACACAAAAAAAUGUUUUUUUUUAAAGAUGAUAAUGAAACAAAAUCACAACCACUCCAUACAUCUCACUGUGCUAGCAACAUAUGUUUUGUAAUCUCUUGAUGUUGUUUUUCAUAUGGAGGAGCUUUUUCACCAUCUGGCUAAAAAGGCAAUUCAGAAAUGUGAUAUUUCCCACCUUCCUUAUCUUCGUCCAAAAUUAUCAAAAUGUUAGAUAUGCGUUCAUUUCAUUUGUUUCAAUUCACUUAUAUUUGUUUUGUGGUGAAAGAAAUAGCUGGAGGAAGGCUGUUAAGUGACGUGUGAGCCCUGCACAGGAGAAGCUGUUUGGUUAAGAUGUUUAACCAGAUAUUGUAUAAAGCAUCAGCUUGAAAAUCAAGUUAAAGUAAAUUUAGUGGGAAAGAUUUCUCAAUAAUCAGUUUGAGAAUCCACAGCAUUGCUACGAGCGGACGUAGCUGCUGAAAGCAUUAGGUCAGCAGCGAGAACCUACCUAUGUGCGCUAGUCUGCGGCUGAGGCUCCUUAAAGUGCAGUGCUCACAGUAACCCAGUGAGGUAAGUGCUGCCUGGGUAUGCUCCAGGCAGUUGUAGGAACACUGGACUUACACUUUCACCAUAGGUGUACAACUGUGGCGGUCCCGAAACAUUGACAGACCGACCAACUAAAAUCUUACUGACUGGUUAGCAGGUGGCGUGGUGAAUAAGCUUUGUGUUCAUAAAGCUAAGCUACCAUCUGUAGAUUUUGGGGUACCCUGAUUUCUCGUGAUGGCCAAUUUCUAGGCUAGUGAGUAGACCGUGACUACCGUUUGUUGACAGUCUAAUGGCUUAUCACCUUGCUGUAUGACAGCAGUGGAGUCGAAGUGUGGAGCUUUAAGUAGCCUGGUAACUAACAGUUAAGGCAGCGGGUGUGCUGCAGUUCACUGGGAGCACGGAGGAGAGUAAAUAAAUCCAAACGUCUUGGCUUCUUUAACCCCUACACAAAAUAGCCGACGACUUGUGUCCUUCUCAAACUCCUCCCACAAUAGUCGAUCUGAGCCCAUUUUUAACUGUUAAAUUGUGGGCUUAUUGCUUAUAUGAGCACUAUUAUAGCAAGCUAGCAAUAGGGAGCAUUAGCUUGCCCCCACACAUCCUCUAGUUCGUAUCUUUCCGUUAGUUACUGCCUGACUUCCCUCUCUCCUGUACUUAUCCACAGUGCUUUGGGUCUCGCUGCCUGGACCUUCUCUGGCAUUCUUCUUUCACUCUGAUUCUGACAGUAGCCAUGAACAGAGCAACAGUUUAGGCUGUUGUUGUUUUUCGUUUGUUUUACUCAUUUGUAAUGAAAAAUGAAUCAACCUGAUGAUCAGACCAUGUUAUGUUUUUAAUGCUCGGUGAUAAAAAAGAAAACACAAGGUCAUCUGGAGCUCUACUGUCAAUUUCACUCAAUAGUGUACAUAUUUUAUAAUCUCACAGUUUAUGUUAGUAAACCAUGUAAAACUAGAGAUGUGAUACUUUUACUGUGAUGGUAAAAAAUAGGUAUUGCAUUUGUUUUAAUAUUUCCCUAUGUCGAAUCAGCUGAUACUAAGAUGCAGUAAAUACUGCAUACUGUAAAUACUGUAAUUCUGUCGCGGACCAGAAGGGAUCGCUGAACUAACAAAGCCAGAGGUGAGUAACAAAGAUAUCUACCGAAAUGACUCAAUAGGUAGCCUUAGAUUCCUCUGCUAUUUAAGGAUAGAUGAGUAAACUUUGAUGCUCUUUUCUAAGAGGUGAACACGGAUAUUAGAUGAUGUGUAAUAGGUUUAUUUAUAAAGGUGAUAAACGGAUAUCCUGUAUUUAUUUAACAUUAAAAAGUUUGUGGCUUUAAAAUGCUAUGUUGUGGAGACGCCUGCUGCUUGCAGAUGGACUGUGUGUUGCCUUUGUAGAGGACCUACAGAUUUAAGAAUAAGUUGUCAAUGAACACUAUUAGUAUGGUUGUUAUGUGUAAACAUUAUAAAUAUGCAUAAAAGUGAUACAUUUAUCUGCCAUAGCCACAAUUUUAUUUUUGAUGGAUAUAGUUUACAUUUCAAUAAAGUGUGUACUGUG